AUGCGUGAACUAGACCUCAUCGACAAGGUCGCCGUCGUCACUGGUGCAUCUCGGGGCAUCGGACGCGCGAUCGCUUUCAACCUGGCCUCCCGUGGUUGUUCCAUCCUCGGAACCGCCACCAGCGAGACGAGCGUCAUGGCCAUCUCAACCACCCUCAGCGAGGAGGUCACCAGCCGCGCCUUUGAAACCAUAUCUCGACCGAGACCCGCAAGCCUCAAGAUCACCGCAGUUGUCGCAGAUAUUCUCUCCCCUGACUGCCCCAACAUCAUUACCGAUGAGGUCAUUAAGAACUUCAAAGGCCGCGUGGACAUAUUCAUCAAUAGCGGCGCCGCCACCGGGAUGAGCUCCAUUGGAGACAUGAAUGUCGACCAUAUUCAAAGCAGUCUACUAGCCAACGUGCAGACGCCCGUUAUGAUCGUUGAGGAGUUCAUCCGCCGGCGCUUCUUCCAGCCUAACAGCCGUAUCGUCUACAUCUCGUCUAUCCGGUCACGCGUCCCAUGGAGCGAGCAGCUCAUGUACUCCGCCGGCAAAUCUGCAGGAGAGUCGCUAUGUCGGACUUGGGCACAAGCCUUUGGCGGCAAGGAUGAGAGGUAUUCCUUUAUGGCCGGGACCACGGCUAACUCCAUAUCAGUCGGCUUGACAGAGACGGAUUCCGUUGUCAACUGCCCGCCGGAGGUAGUGAAACAAUUACAGGAUGAAUUCUUCCCUUCGCAGAGCAUACCGCGUUUUGGACAGCCUGAGGACGUUGCGGAUAUUGUUGGGCUUCUUUGCAGCCCGGAUGCACGGUGGAUUACCGGUAGUGUUGUCAGUGCCAGUGGAGGUUGUAUAAAGGUCGGCUAG